AUCGACAUCCAUGUCCACAGAAGAUUAUCAGGCCCCCUUCGAGGGCCCAGAAAAACUUCUUGAAAUAUGGUUCACCCCUUCAGCUGGUAACCUUCGUCAUGUCCAUCGCCAGCUAUGGGAAGACAUGCUCGACAUUGUUCAAUGCAAAGUCCUCAGCGUCGUACAUGGUUCGGAAAUGGACGCUUACUUAUUAAGCGAAUCCUCUUUUUUCGUUUUUCCUCAUCGUCUAAUCCUCAAAACUUGCGGUACAACGCUCAACCUUCUUGGUCUGCCUAGGAUUCUGGAAAUCGCCGCCAAUCACGCCAAUCUUCCCUCCGUUGAUCGAUGCUUUUAUUCUCGAAAAUCGUUCAUGUUCCCUGAACGCCAGUCGGGUCCCCACCGCGAUUGGAAGGAAGAAGUCCAGUAUCUUGACAACAUUUUUACGAACGGGGCCGCCUACACCAUCGGAAAGGUAAAUGGCGACCAUUGGCUGCUCUAUAUAAUGGAGCAGCCAUCCGGUGAUACCCCCCAUCCUCAUUCUCCCGAAGAUGCUCCGCAUAAAGCGGAAGGCAAACAUUCCGAUUAUACCAUUGAAAUUCUCAUGAGCGGCCUCUCACAUGACGCCCGCCAACCCUUCUUUUCACCUGCCAACGAUCUCGUAGACUCCCCUUCACAUGCUCAACUCCUUUCUAAGAGGCUCGGAAUUUCUGGCAUAUUUCCCCCUCACCUAACAACGCUUGAUGCGUUCAGUUUCAACCCCUGCGGGUACUCUUCGAAUGCCCUUAUAAAAUGGGAAGAGGACCUCCAAAACAUAGGCUGCGAUGCAACUAUAGAUGGAAGUGAAUCGCAAGGGGGUGAAGGUUAUUAUACCAUUCACGUCACCCCAGAGGAGGGUUGGUCGUACGCGAGCUUCGAGUGCAACAUACCACUUUCACUACGGCCGACGAAAGCCAGCGAGGAAGCGAUUCCAGACCUACAGUCCCUUGUCAAGCGUGUCGUCAGCAUAUUCGAGCCCAGUCGCAUAACCUUGACCUUGUUCAUAUCCAGCGAGGACAAUGAUGCUGAUGGAGAGAGCGCAGGUAGAAAUGCACAGGUCUACAAAAGGACGGACAAGAUCAACUAUGGCUUUGGAGGAUAUGACCUUGCAUUUGCAAGUUUUGAAUUGAAGUAGAAUAAAUAUAAUGAUAACAUAUUUUUAACCUUUCACCAUGUCCAC